CCUCCUCUGUGAUCAUAUGCUUCUUUCUCUCACUCCCUCUCCCUCUGUCAUCCAACAAAAGCAAAAGCACAGCACCGCGGUGUCUGUUCGGCGUUCGACAACAACAUUCCACUAGAAGUCUUAUUGUUGAACCGUGUACAUUCAAGUCAAAGCUGAAUGAACUUCUAGUCCAUCCCUGACUCUUCCAAUUUCUGCCGGUUUCGCUCCCCGGAGGCUCUGGAUUGUAAAAAUGGCAGCGGUUCCUAAGCCAGAGAAUGCGGCUGAAACUAUAGCUGCUGCUGUGCCUGUCACUGUGCCUGUCGCUGUGCCUGUCGCUGUGCCUGGUCCUUCACCUGGCGAUGCCCCUGCUGCUGUGCCCGUGGCAGUAGCUGAAAAUACGCCCGACAUUGAAGUGAUUAAAAUUAAACCUAAGUCUAAGAAAAAGAAAAACAAGUUAGGUCUUUCAGCACCCCGUCAGCCAUUAACUGGCUAUAUAAGAUAUCUAAACAGCCGGCGAGAUACAUUAAGAAAUGACAAUCCAAACUUGACGUUUGCUGAUAUUACAAAAAUUCUGGCUCAGGAAUGGGCAAACUUACCUCCUGAGGAAAAGAGACCAUACCAAGAAGCAGGGGAACAAGAUAGAGAGCGAUACCUUCAAGAAAUGGAAACAUACAAGAAGACAGAUGCUUACAAGGAAUAUCUCCGUCAGCAGGAAGAGUCAAAACAGAAAGGAAAAGAAAAGAUAAAAGAAAAAGAACCUGAACCUAAAAAGGCAAAGGUUAUAGCUGAACAAAAUGAUGAGAGCAACAGUAGUGGUUAUGAUAUUCCUAUCUUCACAGAAGAAUUCCUGGACCUAAAUAAAACUCGAGAGGCAGAACUUCGUCAAUUGAGAAAAUCUAGCACAGACUAUGAGUUACAGAAUGCCUCAUUAAGCAGAAUCGUGGAGAGCAUGAGAACUGCUGUAACGAAUAUGGAAAGUGACGUAAAUGCGCAAAGAGCCAAUAACCUAGCUCUUAGCAGACACUUGGAUCAACUGCGAGCUUCUCUAGCUGCAGCAUUCCAUGCAGUAGCGUUGCCUGAUACAAAUGAACGGCCAACAGUUGACUCUAUUGAUUUCUAUAUGCAGAAAAUGCAUAGCCUCUUCACUGGACCUUCUGCAAAUCAACAUUCUCAACUUCUUGCUAGGGUUUCUGGGAUUGUCGAACGUUUGGAUCUGCAUGGCUGAUACAUUACUUAGUUUGUGGAGCAAAUUUUGAUGUUCAAUGUUUAAUAGUUCUUCCUUCCCUGUGAAAGACUGCUUUAAGAUCUCAGUUUAACCCAGAUUGAAAUUUUUUCUUGUUUUGUUGUUCAGUUCUGACAAAAAUAUUUUUCACUCUGAACUCCCUGUACAUUAAUUGACCCGGAACAAUUAACUCCAAUUGUACCUCCCAUAAUUCGUCAAAGAACUUUCUGGAACCAGGCUCUUGUAUUUAGUAUUUCCCUACUUGGGAGGUAAUGUGAUUUAUAUUAAGUUGAUUUUUUUGUGAAUACUGUAAAUUUUUUUUGUAUUAGGAUGGAUGUGAAAAAAAAAAAUGAAAUGUAUGUACCUUUUGUUGAGACAAAAGUCCCAUUUUGUGUCUCAUGUCAAUGUUCUGCUCAUUUUUCAAAACAAACUAUCAUUAGCAUUCAGUAUUUUGUAUAUUUCUUUGCAAUAAUAUGUGACUGCAGGCAUUCAUUAACAAUAAAACAUCAGAGCAGCCAC